UUGGCAUGACAUAUGUCAUAAAUGCCAGAUUACCGCUACGGGGAUAGUUAAUUUUUUCCCCCUGAUAAGAUAAAAUACUGAGUCAAACAUAAAUCAACAAUGAACUCGAAUGUUUUACGACCAGAAUCAAGGACCUCCGAAGCAAAAAUUGGCAUUAAUUUGGAAAAUCAGUCUCAAACAAGGUUUUCAAGUUUCAUGUCACUGUCUGACAAUUCGAUCGUGACAGUUGCUGACAGCAAAUUCGACAUUAUUUGUAAUUCCUUCGACCUGUGUUCCAAUUAGAUUUUUAUAGCACCACCUAUAAAUUAAAAGUGUGAAACGGACUUAGUUAUGAACUAUCGGAUGUUGAGCUGGCAGUGCUUACUAAAAUUUUGUUGUUACCAGGGCCAAUAAGGCCCUACGGGCAUAGGGGCGCUUGCCCCCUGCCCCUAGGAAAUACUGGCUGUUAUGGUAAAUCCAUUACGAAAUCCACCAAAUAACCUGUUGGAAAAUACUAUCAAAGGCUCAUUAUCAUAAGAAACGUCUUUAAAAAUAUUGUGUUCUUAACUAUUGACUAAGUGAAAGUGACUUUUUCCAAUUGGUUUGUUUUCGCCUAACAAAUUGUGUGUUUCGCGUUCUGGCUGUGAGGGUAAGACAUUUGUGUCAGAACAAACAUUUUAGUGCCUCCUAAAAACUCGUUAAUUUUAUAAUAGUAAGAAAAAACUCGAUUGUUAGUGAUGUUGAUGUAUACCAAAUUAACUUGCAUUUACAAUUGGCUUUAAGUAGAAAGUAGCGUUUAGAAAUGAAUUGAAAGAACUUUAUCGUGUACCAGUUUAAUCAAAAUACGUAAUCAUGUGGAAUAUGAUGUGUGAUGUCAUGCCCACUAUCAAUGAGGAUAGCAUCAGCCAGAGAAGCUCGCAGUUCUCUGGCGAAGAUGCCAAUUUCGAACAACUUAUGGUAUCCAUGCUGGACGAAAGGGAUAAAUUGAUGGAUAGUCUUAGAGAAACACAAGAGAGGCUAGGUGACACAGAGAUAAAAUUAAACGAAGUAGAGAAGGAACGAGAUUCACUUCAAAGACAGAUAGCAGCUAAUUUACCACAAGAAUUUGCUACUCUUACCAAGGAACUGAAUUUAGCACGAGAGCAAUUACUAGAAAGGGAGGAAGAGAUAACAGAAUUGAAAGCUGAACGCAACAAUACCAGACUAUUAUUAGAACACUUAGAAUGUUUAGUGUCCAGACAUGAAAGAUCCCUUCGUAUGACUGUCGUUAAGAGACAGGCUGCAGCACAAUCGGGUGUGUCCAGCGAGGUGGAAGUCCUGAAAGCACUCAAGAGUUUAUUUGAGCAUCACAAAGCACUGGAUGAAAAAGUAAGAGAAAGACUUAGGAUAGCUUUAGAAAGAAAUUUAGCUUUAGAAGAAGAAUUAGCCCAAACCAAAGAAGAAUUGCAGCAAUGCAAACAAGAGGGAAAUUCCUCGACUGUACCUGCUAUAGAAGAUAGACCCAAAGAAAACGGAGAAGUUGAACAUGUUGAAUCACAUUCGAGUAAUAGUAAUAAUAAGGCCAUCAUCACAAAAUCUCGUAACGGUGCAGAAACUGAUACAGAGAGCGCUGCCAGAAUAGCCGAUCUCCAGACUGCAUUGGAACAACAGACAAACGAAAUGACAAAUUGGCAGAGGAGAGUUGCAGAGAUGCAGAAUCGUGUUGCAGAUCUUGAAGAGAACCUGUCGAAAGCGCAAAAGGAACUAUUGAAAGCCCAAGAUGCCAACGUGAAGUUACAAAGGGACCUUCGAGAGAACGUAGCACAAAAAGAAGAUCAAGAAGAAAGAAUCGCCACAUUGGAAAAACGUUAUCUUAACGCCCAGAGAGAAUCGACAUCCCUUCACGAUCUGAACGAGAAACUGGAACAAGAACUGCAACACAAGGAGGCCCAACUAAAACUGCAAGAAGAAAAAAUAUCAGCCAUACAAGAAAAAUUAGAACUGGCCGAACAGAAGAUUUCGCAGUAUCCAAAAUUACCAGAGAUGGAGGAGCAGUUGAAGCAGCGUUUGGAAGUUUUAUCUCAGACCCAAGAGAGACAUGGUUCGGCCGAAGACAGGAUACAACGUUUGGAGGCCAACUUGGAGGAGAAAAACGCGGAAUUGGUACGUCUGAACCAGAGACUCAAAAUGAACGAAGAGCACAACUCCAGACUGUCAGCCACGGUGGAUAAGUUACUGUCGGAAUCUAAUGACAGGUUGCAAGAUCAUCUCAAGGAACGCAUGCAUGCUUUGCAAGAGAAGAACAGCUUGACGCAGGAGUUGGAUAAGACCAGAAAGUUGAUGGAGGAGUUGGAAUGCCAGAAAACCGAUAUAAUGAAAGAUUUGGCUAAAUCGAGACUGGAAAUAGAUAACGUCAAGAGGCAAAUGUUGCAACAGGAGAUAGCUUAUAACAUUCAACAAACUGACGCAUUAACACGCUCUUUGUCUCCGGAUGGGGCCGAUCCCAACGCGUUCACAAGGAGCACCAGCCAUUCCAGUUUUGAUUCUCGUUCUUUGCCAAGAAGGUCGAACAAGAACAUGACGGUUGAUGAAGAGAAGAUGCAGUUUGGACCAAGGUCAAUGACUGAACACGAAUGGGAAAAAUUGCAACAGGCUCAUGUGCUGGCCAACGUGCAGCAGGCUUUUGAUGUGUCCAGCGAUGCUGAAGGAGACGACGACAGCUUAUUCAGUACAGCCGACAUCUUGUCACCAUCUGGUCAUACGGAUGCCCAAACCCUUGCCAUGAUGCUCCAGGAGCAGCUAGACGCCAUCAAUAACGAGAUACGAUUGAUACAAGAGGAGAAGGAAAACACAGAAGCGAGGGCCGAAGAGUUGGAGUCCAGGGUAGGAAGUAUGGAACACAUGAAUUUGUUGAGCAGAGGCAGAAGCGUGGACCGUCAAAGUCCACCUCUCAGUGGAAGAUCAACACCAAAAUCACAUCAUUCCCCUCAGAGAGAUUACCUACAUAAGUAUCACACCUUAGACUUGGCACCUCUUCCCUCCGACAUGUCCAGAGAAGAUAUGCAUAUGGGAGACAGCAGCAGCGGUGGUGGGACUUCCCCUCUAACAGCAAGAUCGAUGAAACUGGAACGUGUAGCUCAAGCACUGGCACACAGCCAGGAAGAACUGAGGAGUGUGUUCCGACAAGGUUUACAACAGACCCCACCUUCACCUCUGUCUUCGCACCACAGCAGCCAAGAGAGUUUGCACAAAAACGCUGUUAUGGGCAUCUCCCGAGACGUAUCAGCUGCAGCGGUGGCAGCAGCCCAAAAGAAGAAAGGCUUAAAAUCGUCCCUUGGAAGAUUCUUCAGUAAGAGAGAAAAGGCGAAAGGAAGGGAAGUUAUUGGUAAUGAAAACAUGAUGGCUCUUGGUCAGACACAGGUGCCGGAUGGUGAAAUCAACGAUUUGAUGGGUAUGAUUGGUAAACUAGGACAGGCAGCUGAUUUUGAUAGAAGGCAAAAGAAGAAGGAACGUGAUUAUAGACAUGAACUGCUAGCCGAAGCCAUGAAAGCUGGUACUCCUUUCGCUUUAUGGAACGGACCAACAAUCGUAGCUUGGCUGGAACUCUGGGUUGGAAUGCCGGCUUGGUAUGUGGCAGCUUGCAGGGCUAACGUGAAGUCUGGAGCAAUCAUGAGCGCUUUGAGCGACACGGAAAUCCAGAGGGAAAUAGGUAUAAGCAAUCCACUUCAUAGACUGAAAUUAAGGUUAGCUAUUCAGGAGAUGGUAUCGCUCACUUCUCCCUCCGCACCAAAAACAUCCCGUACAACGUUGGCAUUCGGUGACAUGAACCACGAAUGGAUAGGAAACUGUUGGUUGCCCGGACUAGGUCUUCCUCAAUACCGUACCACUUUCAUGGAAUGCCUGGUGGACGCCAGAAUGCUGGACCAUCUCACCAAGAAAGACUUAAGGGGUCAGCUCAAAAUGGUCGACAGUUUUCAUCGAACCAGUCUGCAAUACGGCAUAUCAUGUUUGAAGAGGUUAAACUAUGACCGCAAGGCAUUGGAAGAGAGGAGGAAAAACUGUGAGAAUACCUUGUCGGAUGUAUUAGUGUGGACGAAUGAACGAUUGAUCAAAUGGGUUAUUAGUAUUGGUUUGAAAGAAUAUGGUAAUAAUUUAGUGGAAUCGGGGGUCCAUGGAGCCCUUAUCGCUUUAGAUGAAAGUUUCGACGCUAACAGUAUGGCACUUUCUCUGCAAAUCCCUACCCAGAACCUUCAGUCCAGGCAAACAUUAGAAUAUGAAUUCAAUAAUUUACUUCAAAAUGCUACUGAACGACGCUUAGAAGGAAUGGCGCAGUCCUGAUUUCAAGUUGUCUCCCGCUAAAGAAGAAAGACCAUGUAGUGUUCUGCUGCGUUCAUUCUUAUGCAGCCUGUGCUACCUCUCCUUUGUCGACAUAGGAUGUUAUGUUGUAUGUAAUAACAUAUAUAAAAAUAUAUAUAUACAUAAUAUAAUAUAAAUAUUACACGUCGUUUGUAAAAAAAUUAAACUAUGUAUCAAUGGCAAAA